UUUUGACACAUUCUAGGGUUCUUGGGAAAGAGGGUAAGCGAGCGACGAUGUGGGCAGCUGGUUGUCUGGCGUCUUGCUGUGGAUCGUGCCUCUGCGAGGCUUGCAAGGGCGUCGCCGGAGGGAUUUCGAGGCGAUCGGCGCGAAUCGCCUACUGCGGCCUCUUCACGCUGUCGCUACUCUUGGCGUGGAUCCUCCGCGAUUUCGGGUAUCCGGUUCUGGAGAAAAUCCCAUGGAUCAAUUCGUUCGCGCAUACACCCAACAAGGAAUGGUUUGGUACCCAGGCAGUUCUUCGUGUCAGCCUUGGAAAUUUCCUUUUUUUCUUGGCCUUCGCGAUCGUUAUGAUCGGUGUGAAGAACCAGAGCGAUCAACGUGAUUCGUGGCAUCACGGUGGCUGGAUGGCGAAGCUCAUACUUUGGCUCACGGUCAUGGUGCUCAUGUUCUUCUUGCCAAAUGGUCUUGUCGAUGCUUACGGAGCUAUCUCGAGGUUUGGAUCCGGAGUCUUCCUUCUCGUCCAGGUGAUCAUACUUUUGGAUUUUACACACAACUGGAACGCAGCUUGGGUCGCGAAAGAUGAGCAAUUCUGGUACAUCGCGCUGCUGCUCAUCUCGAUCUUCUGCUACACCAUCAGCUUCGUCUUCUCGGGUUUGCUCUUCCGCUGGUUCAAUCCCAGUGGUCACGACUGCCAGCUGAAUACUUUCUUCAUUGUCACCACGAUCAUCCUGGCCAUAGCAUUCGCGGUUAUUUCCCUCCAUCCUCAGGUGAAUGGAAGUCUAUUGCCAGCUUCUGUGAUUGCCGUCUACUGCACAUACAUAUGCUACAGCGCCCUCUCCAGCGAGCCCCGCAACUACGAAUGCAAUGGACUCCACAAGCACGAGAACGUCGUCUCCACCGGAACUCUAGUUCUCGGUAUGCUUACGACGCUGUUGUCCGUGGUAUAUUCCGCCGUUCGAGCUGGUUCUUCCACCACAUUCCUCUCUCCACCAUCGUCUCCCAGAGCAGGCCAGAGGCCUCUGCUCAAAGACGACGAGACUGACGACAUAGAGGACAGGAGAAAGAAGGACGAGCCGCGCCCCGUGACUUACGUCUACUCGUUCUUCCACCUCAUCUUCGCUCUGGCGAGCAUGUACUCAGCGAUGCUGCUCACCGGGUGGGGAAACUCGGCCGAAGGCAAAGACACCAUCGACGUUGGAUGGCCAUCGGUCUGGGUCCGGAUUUGCACGCAGUGGCUCACGGCCAUACUCUACGUCUGGUCACUCGUCGCACCGCUCCUCUUCCCAGAUCGCGAUUUCUCUUGAAAAAAAAAUAUAUAUAUAUAUACUUUGCAAGAUAUCUUUUGCUCAAGAUAUAAAUCUAUGGAGUGAUGUAAAUUCUAGAGUGCAAUGCAAGGUCUUGGAUUAUGCUUGGAACUCAA